AUGGGUAUACGGUACGAUAUGAUAUUGUGUUUGAAAGACAAAGUAAAGAGAAAAACUCCCGGAAAUAUAAAAGACAGUCUACAGGGCGAUGAUGUUUCAUCACGAAUUGGUGAUAAACUAUUAUUUUUGCGUAUACUUAUACCUAUCUAUACGACUAAUUCCAGUGUACAUUUGAUUUUAGUUUUCGGCGUAGAGAAAGCAUGACAAAUGCUUCCUUUUUUUAUUGUACACAACACUCUCCACCCAGAAUUGCCGCGUGGCAUUACUUCAGUCUCCCCCUGAGAAUCAGAUUGCGUUCCGUUAUCAAGCCGUGACUGUAAAUUAUAAUAUUAAAUCGUCCGGUAUACAGAAUUUAUAAUUAAAAAAAAAAAAAAAAAAAAAUGUAGGAAUAUACUAUAUCCGGUAUAGCAAAACCUUUAGCGUGAAAUACGGCUAAAACUUAUCGGUUAUUCACUGUUUUUGGCUACAUCCUUUAAACAUGUUGAAUACAUGAAUAUUGAAUACUUUGUUACUAAUAAAAUGUAUCUUUUAUUCAACGCCCGUGCUUCUGUAGUAUUACCUCCUAAGAAAAAAAUCUCGGCAAAAAAUAAUUAGAAAACAAAAAAAAACCAAGCGAAAAGCAUUUUUGUAUUUUUAAAACAAACGCACAGGUCUUAAUCAAACUACGUGACACUCAGAAUCUAAAAUACCUAAAAUACAGAGACGUUGAUUCGAAUCGAAACACAUUCAAGAUUCUCUUUCUGAUAGCUAUUUUGUUGUGUUUAUUUAUAAAUACAUAGAUCUACAAUAAUAUUAUUAUUUACGAUUUACAUACAAAUAUUAUUUUACGAAAGGAAAAAAAACAAAACGAACGUGCCGCGGUUCGCACUUCAAAUUUGAAUAGUCGUUUAAUUCCGAAAACGGGAAUAAAAACAGGAAACUAAUAAAUUAUGUAUAAUUCGUGUGUAUUCGGUUUCGGGAUCUGAUCGGCGGUCUCGGAAACGGUCGUCGCGCAUUAUUUACGGCCCGCAAACGAGACACUGGCAGCGAACAAGACUUCACUUUUGCGUUCAUUUCUGUUUUCGGAUUCUGUUUUUUGACCAUUUACGUAUUACCGGUCUCCGGUACAUUUGCCACGCCCUUCGCCAAAUCGAUUCUUACAUCGAUUUCGCAUGUAACACGAGGCAACACGAAAACCCGAGCAAAGUUCAAGAAAGUGAAUUUUUAAAUACCUAUAUAUAAAUGUGUAUAGACACAGGACCAUUGAUAUUUUAUCGAUUCGUAUGUGUUUUCGUAAAGAAAUAUUAUGUUAAUUAAUCAACUGUCAACUGCUCUAUUCAAAGAGAACGCAUUAUGGAUUUACAGAACGUAUGUUCAAUUGGUCAAUUUCGCAACACAAUUUAAAGAACACUGUUGGGAUAUUGGGAUACACUGUUGUUACUGAACCGUAGAAAUAUACAAAAUGAAAUCAAUCGGCUAUCCGCAUAGAACCAUUCCGUACUAAGAGCCUGCAUAAGUUUAUCCGAUACUUACAGUUUUAUAGUAUUAUCGUUAAUUCAAAUAAUGAACAUGUCAGUAGUAUGAAAAGGCCGGUUCUAACUCAGGAUCAGGAACAGGAUCAAGGAUCAGGGAGCAAGGAGCUGUACUUUGACACGGCCGCCCGAAUUGUCCAUCUCUUCAUCGACCUAUUUUGACCACGCCCACUUUUUUUUUUUCAUUAUCAGUUACCACUAACAUUAUCACCUAUAUGGAUACGCGAAGCCGCCGCACGCCGCCGCCCCUCCCCAUACCCACCGCUAUACAUGCACAUACAUACUAUCANUAGGUACUCGAAAACAAUAAUUAUCAAAUAUUAUUUUUAUUAUCGUCCGCGUCUUUGAACGUCGAGUCGGUUAUAUAAUAUAAUACAUACCAGAUGUUUUCAUCGGCCGGUCGCCGAGUGUUAUUGUAGCGUAUGCUAGUAUUAAUAUCUGUUUGAUGAUUUACCACCAGAGUCGAAAAUGACGAUUAGUCGUUUUCUACGUAAUCAAAAUAAUAGCUUUACGAGUAAUAAUUAUCUCGAUUUUUAUUAUACUGGACCUGAAUUGUAUCCGUUAUGGAUAAUAUACGCGUAUAUACGAUAAGACCUUUUGAUAUAUGUGCUCAAAGAAGAUAACACCUAACCGCAAUAAAACCAUUACUUGGGUUGACCGUCACCGUGAGCAUUAUGUAUNAUCUAUCCGCCCGCGGGUCCCUCAUCACCCGAACAUCUGUGAAUUAUUCGAUAGUUGACAUUUGCCUACAGAAAUUUAUGUUAAAGGCGUAUAAUCCAAUACUUAAUAGUCGCCUGUAAGAACCUGUACGAUCCUGCAUGAGUUGGUCUCUUAGCCCCCCCCCCCAAUAAAUUCACACAUACAUUAUGGAUAAUGAAUUAUAAUAUUUGUGGUCACANCGGUGAUAAUUUUCUCAAGUCUAUUAUUACUGGAGAUGAAACUUGGGUUACACACUAUACACCUGAAACUAAGAGACAGUCCGAACAGUGACGUCACACCACUUCACCCUCAACCAAAAAGUUCAAAACCACCAUUUCAGCCAAAAAAAUCGUGGCAUUAGUGUUUUGGGACCACAAAGGCAUCAUUUUGAUUGAAUAUUUACCUCACGGGGAGACCAUCAACGCAGCAAGGUAUUGUGAGACCCUAAAAAAAUUGAGGAGAGCUAUUCAAAAUAAAAGGAGGGGUCUGUUAACGAGCGGAAUCUGCCUGCUGCACGACAAAGCCAGACCCCACACUGCCAAUGUCACGAAGCAAUUGUUGGACUCAUUUGGANGACCUGGCGCCUUCAGAUUACCAUUUGUUCACUUCCCUGAAGAAGCACAUGGGUGGAAAAAAAUGUUCAACUGA